GGGGAUUGGUCCUGUGACAUUUUAGGAAAAAGAGUGCUCAGUGUAGCUGAUCUGUGCUUAUACGUCGAGAGCGGAUUGGUCGAACAUCACACUGCUCUGUUCUCAGGCUUUCUGAAUGGGGAGAACGGACACAAUUAAACAUUGCAAGCUACCCUACCCAAACGCUUAAGACGCGAAAAAACAUCGAUGAACUGCUCGUAUUUUAAAGGAAUGCAAGCAUCCUUCCUUCAACGAGUUCAAGUGUAUUGUGGUUAGUCGCGCGCCAGCAUCCAGGACCCGAUUCAGCAAUAGAGGCACGGGCUCCACCAAAAGGUAUUUUCCGGAAAUCAGGAAGAGGAGAAUACACAGACAUAAAACAGUGUCGACAAGACCUUCUCCAGGACCAGAAGUCUAUGCAAACAGGAUGGAAGGAUACCUCGUAUCUCUGACACACUAGAGCCCUUGCUGUCACACUCCCAUCCUCCAUAUCGCGCUCGCUCGUUAUCAAAGGGCAGCAGAAUGGACGAGCAGAGAUGCACCUUCCCUCCACCCCUCAAAACAGAGGAGGACUAUAUCCCUUACCCCAGCGUUCACGAGGUCCUGGGUCGUAGGAGCCCCUUCCCCCUAAUCCUGCUGCCUCAGUUCGGAGGCUACUGGAUCGAGGGGACCAAUCACAAACCCAGUGCCACACCUGAGCCUGAGCAGAGGCCCUGUGCGUCCUCCCACAUCAAGCUGGAGACCAACAGCAUGGCCAAGAUCUACAGGAAACAGUUCAUGGGCAAGGAACACUUUAAUUACUACUCCAUGGACAUCGGCCUGGGCCACCUGGUCUUCUCCAUGAAGUAUGAUGUCAUCGGGGACCAGGAGCAUCUCUGCUUGCUGCUAAGGACCAAAUUAAAAACUCACCAUGAUGUGAUUCCUAUCUCCUGCCUGACUGAGUUCCCCAACGUGGUCCAGAUGGCCAAGCUGGUGUUUGAAGAGGUAAAUGUGGACAGAUUUUACCCAGUCCUCUACCCAAAGGCUUCAAGGCUCAUUGUCACCUUUGAUGAGCAUGUCAUCAGCAACAAUUUCAAGUUUGGAGUCAUUUAUCAGAAGUUUGGCCAGACCACCGAGGAGGAGCUAUUUGGGAACAGCGACGAGAGUCCUGCUUUUGUAGAGUUCUUGGAGUUUCUGGGGGACAAGAUUGAGCUCCAUGACUUUAAAGGGUUCAGAGGAGGACUGGACGUCACCCACGGCCAGACAGGAACAGAGUCUGUCUACACGAACUUUCACAACAAGGAGAUCAUGUUCCACGUGUCCACCAAGCUGCCAUAUACAGAGGGAGACUCUCAGCAGUUGCAGAGGAAGAGGCACAUAGGCAACGACAUCGUGGCCAUCUUGUUUCAGGAGGAAAACACACCCUUUGUGCCAGACAUGAUAGCCUCCAACUUCCUGCAUGCCUAUGUGGUGGUGCAAGUGGAGAAUGCCUGCUCAGACAAUGUCACAUACAAGGUGUCUGUGACAGCGAGAGAUGAUGUGCCUUUCUUUGGACCCGCUCUACCGGACCCGGCCAUCUUUAAAAAGGGGCAUGAGUUCCAUGAGUUCCUGUUCACUAAGCUGAUCAAUGCGGAAUAUGCCUGUUACAAGGCUGAGAAGUUUGCAAAACUGGAGGAGCGCACGCGGUCGGCCCUGUUGGAGACCCUGUAUGAGGAGCUACACAUUAACAGCCAGUCCAUGAUGGGCCUGGGAGGGGACGAGGACAAACUGGAGAAUGGGGCUGGGGGGGGAGGGGGCUUCUUUGAGUCCUUUAAGUCAUUACUUGUCCCAGGGAAAAGUCCCAGUAGAUAUCAUGGACGUCGCGGCAGUGCCAUAGGGAUAGGAACAAUAGAAGAGUCUCUGAUCAUUCCUGGGAAGAGCCCCACCAGGAAGAAGUCUGGGCCCUUCAGUGCCAGACGGAGCAGCGCCAUCGGGAUCGAGAACAUCCAGGAGGUGCAGGAGAGGAGUCGGGAAGUGUCCCCCAGCACACAGAGGACUCCAGACAGUGGACACAUCUCCCAGGACCCCAAAUCAGAGAACUCAUCUAAUCAGAGCUCACCAGAGAUGCCCACAACAAAGAACAGUUUGGCCAUGUGUUGCAGGGCCCCUUCUAUCCCUGAGGCCCAGGAUCUGUCCCGCUCCUCGUCCAAUGCCAGCAGCUUCGCCAGCGUGGUGGAGGAACACGAUAACGAGGGCAUCGAAGAGUACGACACGGGACUGGAGAGCCUGUCCUUUUCUGGAACACCACACAAGAGAGACUCAUUUGCGUACGUGUCCUGGGUAGAGGAUAGUUUGAGCAGUACUAGUGCCACCAGCCAGGGCAGCUCUCCAGCACCUGCACGGUCCCGGCAGCCUGAGGGGGGCAAAGGGGAAGAGCUCAAAAAGGCGGAGAGCCGAGACAAGACAGAGCGGUCACAGGAUAAGUCAUCAUCGAACUGUUAGCCUCACCUCAUUGAUCAGUACAUGGAUGUCCAUUAGCAGCAUUCCCAUAAGAGGCACCCCCUGCAGGAGAUGAAGCAAGCGCACGUGUGUUCCACCACAGAUGCAGAGGAGGAGCAGAGCUAGUCGCUGGGACAGACAGCUAGACCUGGUGUAAACUAGUCCAGUCUGAACAGCCAGGUCCAUGGACAUGCACUUACAGCCUUCCCUCAUCCCAACUCUUUGUGGCUGACUCCCAGCAUGCUUAGAGGGGUGAAGGAGAGGAUCAGCCCACACCCAUUCCCAAAAUGAGUGCCACUCACACAGUAUCGCUUCUGGCUGUUGUCUGUUGGCUCGCUUAGCCUGCAUAUAUUUCUGCUCCAUGAGCUCUGUGAAGCCUAAAUCUGUUCAUGUGGUAACUCAUAGUAUACUCUCCCUUGUCCUCUCUAUGGCAUUGUUUUUGUUUUGGUUCGAAGGUGGAGGGAGGGGAGGAUCUUAAGCAUUAGACAGAUUGGUGUUGCAGGAGAUCCGUUGAUCAUGCAUUAGGGGAAGUUUUCUGUUAGGCUAAAGAGGAAUGCAUGAGGAGGAUAAGAGGGUGUUGUCCUGUUGUCAUUGUUGGAAGAACUGACAUUAUUGCUCCCAUCAACCUCACGUCCCACCAUGAUACUGUACAUUUGUUAUUCUUGGUGUCCCGGAUCCUUUGAUGUCACACCAAGCCUUGUGUUUUAUUAAUGGUCAAUUAAGAGUGUAAUGGUGGAUGUUGACUAGAAACUUUUAGUAAAAUGUUACAUGUUUUUGGUAGAAGGUACUUUUAUCAUCAUGCUGCUGCUGGUUUUGAUUCCAUUAUUCAUUUCCCCUGACAAACUGUACAAUUACAGUUCACAGUUUAUGAAUGGACAAUACUUUACUGACUCCAUAAUUAUAGUCAACGUAUUUCAGGCCAUUUAAAGGGGUAAUUUGCAGUUCAAACAACAACAAAGUCUUUACCCCGCCACUUUUUCGAUAACCAGCUGAGUGAUGGGGUUGGCGAAAAGUAACCACUCUCAAAUUCCUAGACAGAGCUAUGGAUGCAAGGACUGACCAUCCAGGAUAGCAAAAUUAUACUUUUAACCAUGUUGAGGCUAUAUAGUGUUUGUUUACAGUUACCUUGUUUACUAACUAAUGAGUAAAACACAUUUUGGGUUUUGAUGGGGUACGACAGUUGAACUAAGCGCAUGAAGCAUUUAUAAGUAAUAUUCUUCAAGAAUCAAUGGGUAUAUAUAAUUAAUUUAAAUGUAAAAAAAAGCUAUGUAGCAAUCGUAGAUUGCCCCUAUAAACUGAGGAAAAAAACAUGAAGUAUUGAAUUACCGAUAAGGUCUAGUGUUCAAACUAAAUUACUCAUCAGUCUUCACUGUCCCAUACUGUAGAUAGUACCACACAGUCAGACAUUCCUCCAAGGUGACCUAACCAAAGCACACAGCCUCCAAAGCCAAGCUAUUGUCCAGUGACUACUGUCUUCAGUUUAUUUUUUAAAACCUCUAGUUUGUUUUAAAGUAUGUGUUUGGAUGUGUAUGCAUGGUGAAUGGUGUAAAUCUGCUUGCAAAACCAUGUCAACUGUACAGUACCAUACUGGAAAAAGAUUGUUUCUUCAAACCAGUCCAACUUCUCUAGAAAAGCAGACAGUCAUUAUUUCUAUAAAUCAGUUUCGAUAGAGAAAUAUGGCGAUACAAGUGUAGAUGUGGAAACUGGCACUACAUUUUCAAUUAAUUGUUUUUUUUAUUUUUAUUUUUUUUAAUCUGACUUGGUUUUUAAAAAUAAUUACACUGUGACAAGUUUUGAAGUGGCCUUUUUAAUGAUUGUGUUAAUUAAGCUGCUUUGUAGGAGGGUAUCCCCCUUCAUAUAAGGAAUCUAUCCCAUGGUGGAUAUCGCCACUGGAUUGAAUGUAAAACUAAACAGAUAUAUGUAUUCAUUUGUAGACAUCUGCUCUCAAUGAAUGGAACCUUUGUAUCUUGUUGUAAUGUUUUACAUUUUCCCUCAUCUCAGAUUUAUAUAAUGAAAAGACCUGAUAUGAAGGCAUAGUUUCCAUUACUUUUUAUUUAAAUUAAAUGAACAAAAGCUAACAUGGAAUUUAGUUGCACUUUGUCAGUUGUGGCAUUAAUGCAUAAACCUUUUACACUCCUUUGGAAAUCUUUCAGUUGAAUCUAAAGGAUCUCUGUAAGUAAGGAACACUACAUCAAAAUACAGUAAGUUUGACAAGUAUUUAUUAUUAAACACCAUUCUAAAGAUUAUGAUUCAACAAAAAACUAUUAAUUGAAAUUGUGAUUGGAAAGAUGAGAAAGUAACCUUUCAUCAGCUUAAGAGAGCCUUUGGAGUCCGUGUGUAUUCCAGGCACUGAAACUCUAAAUAUAUCAAACACAAUUUUCAUCUCAAAGCUUAAAAUAAAUGUAUUAAAACUCACGAGUCUUCAGAAAUGCUUGAAUAGUUGGAUCACACCCUCUGGUGGCUCUAGAUUAUACUUACACAUUUCUCUGUGGUCCUGUUCAUCUGUACCUGUGUUUGUACAUGUAAAUGCAAGACACUUGGAUUGAGCACCCAGCCAAUCCAAACAACAGAUUCUGCCUACAAUGUGCUUAAUUCAGAUGAUUGUAUUUCUGUUCUCGUUGAUAUUCCGCUCAAGCCCUUGUUUAAGUUGGAAAGUCUUGUAUAUAAAUAUAGCUUUUCAUCCUUUUGUAAAAAAAAAAAAAGGCAAAUACAUGUUUAAUAAAGACAAAGGGGUAA